CGGCUGCGCAAGGUCCUUUUCCCCCUGUCUGUCUGUCUCUCGCGUUGCCUUCGUAUUGCACUGCAGUGAAGCGCGCGGUGCGGCCAAAAAAAAAAAGAAAAAAAAAAAGAGAGAGAGAGGUAUGGGCGUUUUUUCUGUCGUUCUUUUGCCAGUUGGAGGCUAUAGACGAUGAUAUUGAGUGUCAAUGAUGUGAACGCCUUGACUCUAGCGUGAUUUGGCGAUGCCGUCAAUGGAUUUAGGUUGGUGUGGAUGCAGCGGAUGGGUUUCUUUCUCCUUUUUUUUUUCAAAAUUUUGAGACGUCCAUUCUGAGACUCUUCCUCCUCGGUCCGUCCGCGCUCCGUUGUCGAAAUUCUCAGACUUCCGCUUGCAAGGAGAGAGAGAACGCUAUGGAUCCCGAACCGGAGGAUGAGCUCGAGAUCGACGACUCCGACAUGCUGUGUUACGCUCUUCCCUUAUCUGGCUUGCCAGCUCGGUCAUCGUCACGCGGAAUCCCAGUAAGAUCGGCAGUUCCGUCGGAGUCCGCGGCAUUGUUGCCAGGACCACCAUCUUUGGUCGGCGGCGCGUCGGAUCAGGAGCCCAUAGUCAGGCGGUCAGAUGCGAUAGUAGCCACUAUUGCUGGUCCUCGGCCGCCAUGGGGGGACCACCUGCUGCGAGUGACUCGCUGUGGGGAGAACUCUGCGCCGGGGGGGGAGAGAGGAGGAGGCGAUUCUCUCAACAGCGAUGUAGAUCCGGCUGAUGUGCGCUCUUCAAGCAGUAGGUUUUCCCGCGAGCCGGCGGGAAGUCAUCAAGAGGACGUGGGAAGGGGAAACCGAAGGAGAGGAGGAGGAGAAGACGAGGGAGGGAAAGUAGGCAUAGGUGUAGUCUCUGGAAGUCAGGGGAAUGGCCGACUGCCAUACCGCAGCGAUGGCGAGGAUGUCCAAGGCUAUAGGGCGAAUAUUGACAAGGGGGGAAAUUGUCCAUCGGCUGACGCGUGGCAAGCUGCGAAGAACUCGGCGGUGGGAACGGGCGGGAAAAGAAAUGCGGCCUCGGCGCGCAGGGAAGAGGACAAAGAUCCGCCACCGGUUGUUAUUCCCGUGGAAGACGACUGGGAGGGGAGAGAGAGCGAUCGGGAUCGGGACUGCUUGACGUCGGACCUUGGGCGCCGCCAAGGGGAAAGGUCGUCUUGGGAGAGGGCUUGCGACGUUCAGCAGCGAAAAGGAGGGGAGGGAGUGACACAUGUUGUUCCCACGGACAGGCGCCUGCCAUCGCAGCAGGAGAGAGACAAGGAGGGAGAGGAUCAAGAGGAGGAUGAGGUGGUUGUUGUUCUCUCAGCAAAAUCGACAAGGCAAUGCGCGCCGCCGAUCAACCAGUCGUUAUCUUCUCCGAAAGAUGGCAGGUGUAAGACAUCGGAGGGGCCGCCACGUGGGCGGCAUGUGAGAUUUUAUGUUCCUCCGAGGAAGGUGGAAACGUCGAUCACAGAUCGGACGGAUGAUUACUACUCCCAUCCUCCUCCUCCAUCAGGACAGACCGAGACCGUCCAUCAUAGGAAUGAGGUGGCGGGUCCCGAGCAUCGCCAGCACGCCGCUGACUCAGCAGUACCAGACAGACAGAGAAGGAUCGCAACGGACGCUGCUCCUCCUGCCGCCGCGACCGCCGGUUCCGCUGACACUGACAUGGGAAGAUCAGCACCGUUCGUUUCGGCCGGUUUUCCUUCUGGCUGUCGAGCUCGGAUUCCAGGUCCCGCAGGAGCGAUCCUUCGUGGAAGGUUCAGUGACUAUAGAAGUACUCUGCGUUUCGCAGGAAAGGGAGGAGUUGGAGUAGGAGGAGUCAAGGGUGGCGCAUGCAGGAACAGAGAAGGAGAAGAUGAGGAAGGUGCGAGACCGAAUUCCCGACCAAUCUUAGAGCAAGGGAGAAAUUCGCACAGCAAGGCCGGGCUGGGAUACUCAGAUGACGAAGAAGAAGCUGGGCGGGAUAUGGACUUCGAUAGUCCCCCUUGGAAAGCGGCCCUCCUUGCCCUUGGUGUCGAAGAGUUCGAUUCUGGGCGGUACGAAAUCUUCCGGUCGAAUGUGCGAGCAAUCAAGUCGGCACAAUUCCAGUCGCGAGCUCCGCAUGAUCCAACGGGAACAAUUGGUGGAACGGUUUUUCAUAAGGUGCUCGAGGAUGAGAAGUUCCAUCAGGACAUCGUCCAGGGAUCGGUGGUGAUUCUUCAACGGGUUGGCAUCUUCAAACCAAGGGCACGGUGCUUCUAUCUGAAUGUUACCCAGAAAAAUGUUAAGCUGGUUUUUGGGCAUCAUUCAUCGAGGAGUUUCUCUUCUUCCAGGCCAGCAAAUCUGAGGGGUCCAGCGAUCUCUGGAGAUCAUGAACAAGCUGAAGAAAUGAAAAGAAGGGCAUGGGCUGACAAGGGGAAGGCGAGAACUUCGACACAAGGCGAAGCGCGUAGUGGUGCCCCAUUCGAAGGCCGGGUUGUGGGGGAGCAGCGUAGUGAUGUAGAGAGAAUAGAACCGGCUUCAAGGCAACCAUCACAUGCAAGUAUGCAACACCAGCAGCAGCAGCCACCUGAAGAAGGAAGAUCAAAGAAUGGUCGUUAUUGCCCAUCUUCUACGGGAGAUGGGCCUACUACAACUGUGAACGGAUAUCGACAUGGUGUCAAUGUGGGUGUAAAGAGAUCGCUUGUCGCCGCAGAGAUACGGAACCAACUCCGUGCAAUGGACGUGGAUGCUGAAGGAGAGGAGCUUUCCCUUAACAUUCUCCCAAAGAGGCACCUGGUCGCAAAUGGCACUGCUCCUGAAGCAGUGCUCGCCGCCACGGUGCCUUUUGGAAAUACGGAUAAGCAGCAUACACAUGAGAGACAGCAAUCUCGACAACCAGAGCAGGACAAGCCUAUUGAGGAGGGGAGGGCCAGGGACAAAGAUGAGGAUAUGGAGGAGACGGAGAUUGCAAAAAACGUGGGCAGUAUCUUGGGGGGAGCAGCAAUUGGCAACCGGUCGAAGGAGAAGUGUAAGUCGCAGAAAGGCGUACGGCGAGUGGAAGAAGACAGCAGGCCUCCUAAGGAAUGGACAAGCAAGGAUGUGGAAUUGCUGCUUGAAGGUCUUGAAGAUGAUGUUGAUCUCUUUGCGCCAUUCGUUUAGGUGUUGAUCUCUUUGUGCCAUUCGUUUAGGUGAUUGCUGAUUCUUAUCAGAGUUCUUAUUUCUUAUCAGAGUUUUUAUUAGAGUGCGCUUUGUUACCAUCAUUGCCAUGUAUAUAGUGUACUAAAAUAUCGUGAAUUUGCGUGAGAAAUCCCAUGACAAAUAACUUUUGCCAAUUAGAUGAUAUCGACGACUACCUCCAUGUGCCCACCACACAGCCAAUCUGAUCAUGCGAGCGUGCAAUUUCAGCGAACUUUUACCAACCUUAUAUUUCCUUGUGGUUGUAUCCACUCAAGCGCCCACUGUGUCCAAGAGGUACACUCAAUCAGGCUGUUAGAGGACUCGGAAUACUAUGUUUCAGUGUCCGUAAGUCCGCUUCGAAUCUCUCCCCAUCUCUCCCUGUCAUGCUUCACGCCUCCAUUUUCUUGCAAUCUUCGAUCAGCAUCUCUCUCUCUCUCUCUCUCUCUCUCUCUCUCUCUCUCUCUCUCUCUCUCUCUCUCUCAGAUUACCAUCUGGAGAAGUACGUCUAAUAUAUCAAAAAAUUUUAGCUACCAUCGGACAAUUGGAAAUCCAGAAUUCAACAAUCAAAGCAUAGGAAAGGC